CACUGAUGGGUGACACUGAAAGGCAGAUCAGAUGGGCACUGAUAUGUGGCAUUGAUGGGCACUGGUAGGCACUGAUAUGUGGCAUUGGUGUGGCACUGAUGGGCAAUGGCAGGUGGCAUGGAUGAGCACUGACACAAGGCACUGAUGGACACUGACAGGUGGCACUGCUGGGGCUACACUGAUCAUCAGGGCACACUGAUCAUCAAUGCCCUGAUGAUCACUGUCAGCGUGACAGCUCGAGAGGAGAGAAAUGCCGAUAACCGGCAUUUACCUGUUUACAUG